CAAAAACGCCGACCGUCACGUGACACGAGUGGCGUGUACCAACAUGGCGGCGAGCAGGAGCGCGUAGCUUAGUAACAAGAAGCCUCGCGCGGUACCGAGGAAGCACCGGGUCCGUUUACACACCGAGGAGUACCGUCCGGUUGUCGGCUCUGAAGCAGCAGGAUGCCGGGGAAACCUGGUGACCACUUCAAACCAGGAGACCUGGUGUUCGCCAAGAUGAAGGGUUUCCCUCACUGGCCUGCCAGGGUCUGUAAGUCGGACGACGGAUACAAGAAGCGAGUCCCGGUCUAUUUCUUCGGGACCCAUCAGAUAGGUCACCUCCCGCCGGAGAACAUCGUUCCUUACAUCGGCAACAAGAUGAAGUACGGCAGCGGCGUUCGCAUCAAAGGCUUCACCGAGGGAAUGUGGGAGAUCCAGAACACGCCGGGAGUCGGGAGCAAACUCAAAGUACCAGCACCAACCAACAAACAAACCACACCCCCUAAAUCGACCUCUGCCUCUAAAGCUACACCUGCAAAACUGACCACUGCUGCUAAAGCUACACCUGUUAAACUGACCUCUGCGAAGCCCGACAGUAAACCGGCUGCUGCUGCUGUGGCUAAAACUCCUACCAGAUCUUCGUUAAGAUCCGCUCCAGAGAAAACAACAGACUCGGGGCAGAUUUCUAAACAGGCUCCGACUUCAGAAGACGUCGCCCCGACAGAUUUGUCCGGGACUGUUGCGAAUACGAGGAGCAGAAGGGCAGCUGCUAGCGUCGCCCCGUCUGCUAACACCACUCCUACAGACAGUAAGGAGGCAGCAGCAAAAACGGCGAAAACAAAAGCUCUGUCCAAACCGACUGAGAAACCGACUCCUGCAGAUGCUACAGACAAUAAACCAACUGAAUCAACAACUACGAGGAGAGCUGCGGCUGAGAAGAAAACUCCAGACUCCAAACAAGGAGUCAACGAGAAGGUUGAAUUAUCAUCAACUUCCACCACUACAGUUACUGAAGAGGCUACAAGCGCCGUCACUACCAGGAGCAAAGUAUCCGAGUCCAAGGAUGUCACUGAGCAGAACAAGAGGAGGUCUUCUGCUACUCCUGCUGUCGCUCCAGUCAGCAAGAAACUGAAGACGACAGAAUCAAAGUCUGCACCGACACAAAUGUCCAAGAACAACAGAGGAAUGAAAGACCGGGAGGAGGAAGAGGAGGAAGAGGAGGAGUCAUCAGAGAGACAGAGAGUCAAGAGGAGGAGAGAGCGGAAGGAGGUGCAGACGAAGAAAAGUCAGGACGGCAGCGAAGGAAAGAAAGAAGAGACAUCAGAGAGCAAAAGAACAAAAAGUAAAGAGGAGGAGGAGAAAGGGAAGAAAAUAAAGCAGGACGAAGGUGUGGAAGGAAAGAAGUCAGCAGAGAGCCGAGGGAUAAAGACGAGGAGGGCGGAGAAAGAGGAACAGAAGGAGGAGGAGACGAAGAAAAGAAAACAAGAAGGCAGCGAGGAAAAGAAAGAGGAAAGGACGAGGAGAGAAACUCGGUCGGAGAGCGAAGGAAGAAAAAGAGAAAAGGAGGUUUCAGAAGAGAGCCGGGGAACAAAGAGAAAGAGGGAGGAAGAGAUGAAGAGAACAAAGGAGGCUGGAGAGGAAGGAAAGAAAGAAGAGAAGACGACUGAGGAAGAGGAGGAGAAGGAGGGCAGUUCUGUGGACGAGGAGCGACAGCGCCACCUGGCGGCCAAGAGGGAGAGUUUACUGAAAUCUCUGAGAGGUCUGCUGAAGGCCGGGAGAGUAACGAGGAAGAGCGAGGCGAUGAAGAGCUCGCAGAAAAGCGGCGACGGAGCAAAGAAGAAGGUCGAGAUUAAAAAGACAGGAAGUCAGAAGAUGCCGGACAGGAUCAAAGAAUCGACCGUCGUCAAGAAAACAGCGUUCGUCGGCAGAACGAUCGCCAGCAGGAAAGCGUCGGAGAGGAAGGAAGACAAGACAGACUCCAAGAUGGUGAAAAAAUCAACGGAGGUCCAACAGAAAGAAAAGAUAAAAGAGGCAAAGAAGGAUGAACAGACUGAUCGAACCACGAGGAAGAGUGCGUACGGAGCGAAGACCAAAGAGAAGGAAGACGAGACGAAGCACGAGGGAAAGAAAGACGAGGACGCGAGGAGCGACGAGACGAAGAACGAGAGGAAAAUCAUCGGGAAGAUUGUGAAAGCGUCGGCCGGGCGGGGAACGAGGGUUCAGGUGAAGAUGAUGAUGGGAGGAGCGGCGGCGGCAGCGGCGGCAGCGAUGGCGACGGCGGGAGCGACAGCAGCGGCAGAGGAAAAGAAAAAAGAGAAGAAAGAAGAGAAGAAAGAGGAGAGGAAAGAAGAGAAAGAGGAAAAGAAAGAAGAGAAGAAAGAGGAGAGGAAAGAGGAGAAGAAAGAGGAGAGGAAAGAAGAGAAGAGCAGAGAAGAGAACAUAGAAAGCAACAAGGUAGAAGACAAGAAAAAGAAAGAAACAGUUGAAGAAAAGAAAUCUGACGACGGGAAGACGGAAAGAAGCAAAGAGGCCGAGAGGAAGUCCGACAGAACGAGAGCAGAGAAGAAUCUAACGGAGAAAGCAGACGAGGAAACAACGGUGACGAAGAACGAAGAGGAGCAGAAAGCGAACUUGCAAGAGGAGAAGAACGAAGACGAGGCGGAGAGAGUGACGACCAGAGAAUCACAAGAGGAGAAGAACGAAGGCGAGGCGGAGAGAGUGACGACCAGAGAAUCACAAGAGAAGAAGAACGAAGACGAGGCGGAGAGAGUGACGACCAGAGAAUCAGAAGAGGAGAAGAACGAAGACGAGGCGGAGAGAGUGACGACCAGAGAAUCACAAGAGGAGAAGAACGAAGACGAGCAGACGAAGGAAACGGACGCAGAGUCUGAGCCAAAUCCCCCGAAGAAGAGCGCAGACACAGCGACCGCACAGAGGACGGAGACACAGUCCAAAGAAGAAGAAAAAGCGGAGAAGACGAGCGCGGAAGAAGAAAGUAAAACGAAGUGCGGCGAGUCGGACGGAGGGACGUCGGAGCCGCCGGCAAAGCAGCAGCAGAAGAAGAGUUCGACUUUGACGCUGACGGACUCGACGCUGCACCGAAUCCACGGAGACAUCAGGAUUUCUCUCAAGACCGACAACCCCGACGUCAGUAAGUGUCUGAUGGUGCUGGAUCAGCUCAGUAUGGUUUACGUGACGUCCAAACACGUGCAGCGACACAGCGAGCUGGUGUCCACGCUGAGAAAGCUGCGCUACUACAGAGCCAACCAGGCCAUCAUGGACAAAGCCUCCAUGCUCUACAACCGCUUCAAGAACGCCUUCCUGGUGGGGGAGGGCGAGGAGGUGGUGAGCGCCGCCUUCCUGCGCUCGCUGCUGGAGGAGAAGGAGGAGGAGGAGGCGGAGAGGGCGGAGCGCUGGAGGGAGAGGAAGGAGGAGCUGCUGCAGGAGGUGAAGAGACGCAUGGGCCAGGUGAAAGGGAGGAGGAGGGCCGACGGGGGAGAAGGAGGAAGAGGAGGAGGGGAGGAAGAGGAGCCGGAAGCAGAAGCUCCAGUGGACUCUUCCUGAAGCAGCUUGGACUGAACCAACUGUAUUAUCUGAGGGGUGUGGACCUGAACCCCCCCCCCAACCCACACAGGCAAUGAGCAGUUCCACAAACAUUAUUUACCUCAUCACACACACACACACACACACACACACACACACACACACACACACACACACACACACAGCUGUUUAUUUACUGAUUAUUUAUUUCCUGUCUUUAUAUCAGAGUUCAUUAACGGAGUUCGUCAGCUGCCGUAUGUUCGCAUUAGUAGUGUUUAUCUGUCUUUCAUUGUUACCUGAGAAUUAACGUUACCUGUCGAACACUCACCUGUCUCUCUCCAACCCGCCCACAUGUACAAGAUGGACGUCUCCACUUCCCUCAGCUGUCAAUCAUGAUAUAAAACCUCCAGUUUAUAGCUUCAGAUAACAUUUAAACAUCAUUAAAACCACAUUUAUCAGAAACAUUUACACUACAACAUAAAUUAUAGUUUAUUUAUUGUGUUGGUUUUAUGUUAUUAAAUAACUUGCAUAUGGUGUUCAAUUAGUAUAAUUAGCAUUAAUAAUCAGCCAUAUUUCAGCAACUGUCUGAUUUGGACAAUAUUGGAGUGGUUUUGUUGGUUAUUGAGGAAAGUGAAACCAUUUCAAACUUAAUCUUGAGUUUAUUUUGAGGUUAGGCAAAGACGCAGGUCGAUAACAAAAUGCUGCAGAACUGAAGAAAGUUUAAUAAAUAUUACUCCGAACAUUCAAGCAGUGGCUGAAAUAUUGUCCCUAUAUGGGAUUAUGAUCAAUAAUGUUAAUUAUUCUAAUUGAACAACAUAUGCAAGUUAGCGUCUUUCAGUUUCUAAAUGCUCAGGAACCAUAUUGUACAUUUCUAACAAAACUUUGGGGGACUCAACAUUUCCGGGUUUGGCGGCAAGUCGACUAUAAUUGUUAAGGAAGACCUAAAACGACAGAGGAGGGGGCGGAGUUUAUAACCUCCACCAGGGAGCGAUCAACAUCACGUCGUCCAUCUUUAAUGUGUCGGUGGUUUAACUUUGAGAGUUACUUUUUUUAUUGUUUUAUUUGGUUGAAGGUGGAGCUUUAUCUGACCUCUGCAGACUGUUAGGGGCAGAGGGUAAAUUGUCCUUCAGUUACUUGUUAGUUUCUGUAUUUUCAUAAUCUGGUGCCAACUCUCGUCGUUGUUUUUAAAGGUGCUCUUUGUUCUUUCACGUUACUAAAUCAUCUGCAAACAAAUUAAAAACCUCCAAAGUGUUUAUGUUGUACGGGCGGGAUGUGAUGGCUGAUGGGAAAUGUGGUCUUUUAUUUGUUUUACAACCAUUGUUCAAACAACAUUCGCGGCAGCUUUCAACCCCAAAACAAACAUUGAAGCAUUAAACAUACAAAGAACUGCUUUUAUAAAACUGUACAUAAACAUAUUUGUAUUUUACAGUUUUUUUUAUUUCUUGUUAUUUGUGUGCAGUUGUUUUCUAGAUGCUUGUUGUUCUCUGUUGUUUAAAUAUCUUUUUGUUUACUGACUUGACACGACGUCUCGAUUAUUAUUAAAGAGUUUGUGUCAUUGA